UUUAGUGGGGCGGGGGUCCUUGUGUUGAUCCUUGCUUCAAUGACAGAAACUGUAUGAAAUGUAAUUUUAGUUCAGCAUCAGUUUUCAUUUAUCGGUGAAAAUGGAGAAAUGGAUAAUUUGCAGUAAGAAACCCAAGUUCAGUGAAAGUGGCAGCAAUGAACCAUGUGCAACUGUAAGUAAAAGUGAAACAAUUGUAAGUUCCAUCCACUGCAACGAAGAUGAAACCACCGUAUGUGUGAAUACAGCUGCAGUAGAUAACAGCGUGACUCAAAAUCAGUGUUUUACAGAACUUGAACACCUGUCUUUAAAAUUACAAGAAAAGAAAACCACAUUGCCUGAAGCACAUCAUUUAGUUCUUGUUAAGUAUCACGUCCUUCAGUCCAUGGCAAAUAAUCCAGGUGAGUAUUAUUCUGAAGUUCUAAUGGCUGCUGAUAAAUUAGAAUUUAAAGGAGUUAGCUUAGAACACGGAAAAGUGCAGAAGAUUAGUGAACAACAAUUCUUUCAGAAAUUAAGUGACAAUAUAAACACCCGAAUGUUCACUACUAGAGCUUCACACGAAUCGACUGGAAGUAGUAACACAACAUGGUCAAACAGGGACAAAUACAGUCAGUUACUGGACAACUUGAAAAUAAUGGAUAAGGCUAAGUGGGUAAAAUGUCGAGAUCCAUGUUUUGCUGAUAAAGAGAUUAGGGAACUCGCUGAGUCAUUUAUGGUGUGUACGAAAACUUCAGUUCUUGGAUUCCAUGAAUAUUACAUGAAUAUAAUGAAUGGUGAUGACAUGUAUCCUGAUGAACUAAAGCUGUUGAUUGCAGCUGCAAAUACUAUUAUUAUUUCAACUGCAGAGUGUGAGCGUGCAUUCAGCAACAUGAACAACAUUAUUUCAACCAUCCGAAGCUCGACGCUUUUAAAAACAGCAUCUAGUUUAAUGUUUAUUUCAUCAGUGGGACCCCCUCUUAGUGCUUUCGAUGCAGAAUAUUAUGUAAAACAAUGGCUAAAGAAAGGACAUUGACAUGCAGAUUACCAGUCUUGUGCAGCCUACGCAGAUAGAAGAUGAAAGCAAUGAAAACAUCUGGAAAAUAUUCUAAAGAUAAGUACUCAUGACGCAUGUGUGACUUUAUUUUAACGCAUGCCAAUUAAACUACUGUAAUAUGUUCGUAGGUCUUAGAUGGAACACAGACUAUAUACAUCACUCGGUAUAUUUUCAUAAUUUAUGUCUAUGAAUUAAAAGGGGAAA